AUGACCCGCGCGAAGCAAAAGCAGGCAGAGGACAGCGCAAAGAUAGCAACUGCUCGGUCCAGGCGGUUAAAGAAGGUUGAUACUGUACGCGGUGACGAAUCGGCAGCACCCACAGAGACCAAGGUCGACCCAGAAGGCCCAGAACCCGCGGUGUUCACGCAGGUUACGCGCCCCGAGCUGGCUCAAUAUCGCGUCGAGCUGGGCUAUGGCGCAGACGUCUACUUCCAGAAAGAGUUUCUGUCCCGCACCGAGACACAGGAAUGGUAUGACACUCUCUUGGUACUUGACACCUACCAACCCACGUUGAAGCUGUACGGACGCACCAUUACCCAGUCUCGCCAAAUCGCGGCGUACUCGACCGGUCCGAUGAACAUGAAGUAUUCUGGCGCCGAGAUUGACGUCCACCACCCCUUCCCGCCUGCCCUCGAGGCCAUGAGGCUACGGGUCCAGGCCGACUUGGGAAUCACGUUCAACCAUGUCUUGUUGAAUCGGUACGACGACGGCAGCGUGUACAUUGGUCGACACUCGGAUACAAAGGACAACGGCGUGGUAGUCAGCGUCAGCCUCGGUGCAGAGCGGACGUUUAUCAUGAGCCCACGGCUACCGGCCAAAAAUGCGCGUGUGGGCGUUGCGGUACCUGCGUCCGAGGCGGGAGCGCUGGCGAAGCGCAAGAAUGUAAAGUGGCAGCUUACGAGCGGCAGCCUCUUGGUCAUGCAGGGUUCCACGCAAGAGUUCUGGAAGCACGAGAUCCCUCGCGAGGCAGGUGUAAAGGCCGGCAGGAUCAGUCUGACAUUCCGGCAACUGUCAUGA